AUGACAAUAGGUCUUUAUUCCAUGAGCACAAGAGUGGAGGAGGAUGGGGAAGAGCGGGACUCUAUGGAAAGCGUCAGGAGUUCAAAUGAGACGACCCCCGUGGAUGGUAAUGAAGAAGACCGGUUAAUGCGCAGGAUUGAGCUAGGGUUGCCUGUCUCCGCUGAAUCUAUUCCAGGAAUAUUGAACGGCACACUUCCCCCAGCAGAUGAAAAAUAUUUGAAUGGCUCAGGAUCAUAUUACACUUCAUCUUUCCAGGCAAGACCUCAGGCAGAGUUUUUCGAUUUUGACGACAAAUACAAGUACAAACCAGAGGACGAGCUGCUGGAAAGUGAAAAAAUCGAGGUUGAUGUUGAGGCUGAGAUUGAAGUUGAGGUUGAGCAGCAAGAUGAAGAGCAGCGAGAAAAUGAAAAAGCCUCGGCAAAACACAAGGAAUUAUAUGUUAUGAUUGAUGUCUGUAAAAUGGCAUUCAAUGACAUGAUACACGAGAUUGACCAGGUCUUGAUUAUGGAAGAGAAGAGUCCUGUAAAUAAGUCACCAUUGUUUAUCAAUGAAAAUGUACGGCAAAUAUUAGAUCUUGUCAAUGAUACUCUUGAAAGUGGUAGAGCAGCGAGCAAAGAUUCUACCACAUUAAGGGUGAAACGUCAAACUGUUCCAAAAAAUACGAUAAAUGACGAUCCAUGUGCAAAACUGCCGAAUUUUGGAGUUGUACUAAUAAAAUCACCAACAUCGAUAUCUCAACUGUGGGAUGAAUAUACAAAAAAACCUUCUGAAAGACCAAUAACAGAUUUGCUUUCGUUUAUUCUGCAGCAGCAAGGUUCACAAGAUAUCGAAUUACUUGUUAAAAGACAAACGUCAAUUCAGCAAUUAGAAGCUCAAUUAGGUUCCUCGUGGCGAAACUUUGAUAAGAAUUUUUCUCGUCAAAUUAAUAGAAGGAAAAAAAUUUGGAGGGCUAUUGAGGAAGGUUUGGAAGAUGGACUCACGUUGAAGGAGUGCUUUCAUAUCCUGGAGACACAUGUAAAGGAACGUGGGAAUGGCCUAAGUUGGUACUAUAGUGGUGUCCCUUUCAAAUUGAAGGAUAUGCGAGACCUUGUAUGA